GAUUCGAUGACCAUUUUUGAAAAUAUUGUUAUUUACAAGCAGAGAAGUUUAAAAUCAAAUGCAUAUAAAUGAAUAUUCUUGUAAAAUUAUAUAAAAACCGAUAGCAAUAGUUAAGCAAUCGUUAGAAUUAUAACAAAAAUUAAAGGGAAUAAUUCCAAGUGUACGUAGCAGAUCGUAAACGGAUUCAUAAAUCAUGAAAAUUGUUUUGUUAUUUGUCUUGGCCGUUAUAAUUGGUGCAACUUCAGCCGCCGUUAUAACUACGCCAGUUGCUACCACAUACGGUGUACCGGUGGUAUCUACAGUUCCCACUUACACGUACAAUACAUGGGGAACAUAUCCAUAUUAUCGUUAUAGUCAUCCCUACACAUACAGCUAUAGUUACCCUUACAAUUACGGCUACGGUUAUCCCUAUGGAUAUGGUGGUUACCCCUAUGGAUAUGGUGGUUACACUUACGCCUACGCUAAAAAAUGAACAAUUUAUUAUUAAUUAAUGACAGACAAGUUGCUAGAAUGCUUUGAUAUGAUUUUCAAUAAAACGAAUAACAAAUACG